AUGAUUCAUGGCCACGUUUUUGAUAUGAAAGGCAGCGGUAACAACUGUUACUACAGGUAAGAUUUGAAUUAUUAAGGGCCAUCAACUUCAGGUCGGAAUUUUGAUGAUUUUAAAAACCUCUCUGUGAUAUCAUUUGCGCCCUUGUGUCACAAGAUUUUCGCAGGCUUGUCUAAUAUAUUUAGAUUGAUUAGAUUGACUGCACCUUUAAAUUUGAAAAGACCCCUCUCUCCCCCCAACUCCCAAACAUUCUGCCUUUGUACCACAGGAACACCAAAUUAGGAUGCGUUCUGACGAACGCAAUAAGGGUAUACACAGAUCGGCCCAUAGCCGGGGUGAUGGGGGCUUAGUGGAGGGCCUGCAACUGGGAUAAAGUUGGUGUUUACAAAUAGAAGGGCUUACAACCGGGAUUAUACGGUAUGGAUCAGAGCUUAAACUUACGUGGGAAAAGGCGUUCUAAAAGCGACUUGUCUGUAAAAGCGACGUUCUGUCAGCGUGUGAAAGUCUGAUGAAAUUGGACCAAGUUUUAUCUCCACAUUAUGGGUUAAAAUAAUCCAAAACGUUUUGAUUUUUCACACCCACUAUCCAUACGAAGGAAAUAACUUAAAACGGUUUCAUGUUUUAAUCUUUCUUGGUAGGAUCACUAUUCUUCCUUCUGAAGAGACGUUCGCUCCAACGUUUGAGCGACUAAGAACCUUUCACCAAGAAUUCAUGGCGCAGUUUGAGGACACGAACUGA